AUCAUGGAAUGAGCUGUCAGUAUACUGCAUCGUAGAGUCCAGCACUGAAUGGUGAGAUUACCGAAUGUACUUUAGGAAAGAGAUGGAUGCGGUUACACGAUUUGUGGGAAAUGUACCUUAAAUACAGAUGGGAUCCGAGCAGGCUCGAGCAAAAUGCAGGUUUCAGCCAUCACAGACCAGGGUAGGCCUGCCUGUGUCUAGACAGCAGCUGCUGCCUUGGACAGCACCUCAAAGUGGAGCUCUGAUUUCAUUGGAAACUUUCCUCCCUAUGCACAGUGAGUGGCCAGCUAGCCUUGUGUUGCCAUGGAUGCCUGUGCCCGUAUCCGAGGAGUCCCACUUAGGACCCGAGCCUCCAUCAGAAAAGAGACGGUGCGUGAUAACGGGGCACAGAGUUUGAAGAGCCUACUGAGGAACAAAAAAGAACUGUGCAGCGUGGGCCUAGAGUUGCAAUCCAGAGACGCUACACGAUUGACAGAGAUCCAUUUCGUAUGUCUUCCUGGUCAUUCCGAAGGAGAGGACUUCAAUCUGCAGUCUCUGGCGUGUCUGCCUGGAGAGCUGAGCGAGCUGCUGAGGUCGGUCCACGUGCACAGCCUCAGGCCCGACGAGGUUCUGCUGCUCAAGGACUCCCGCAGACCCCCGGACCGGACGGACCCGGCGACACAGCAGUGCUGGCUUAGGACAGUGUGUGUGCUGCGGCACAGCGCCAGCCCCCAGCAGCAGGUGAGUGUGGGGGCCUUAGUGGGCCUGCUGGGCCGCUAUGCUGCGGGGGUCCGCUAUGCCCUGGAGCUGCAGGCCCUGCACAAGGGCUCAUCGGAGCCCAGCCAGCCGGAGGAGGAUGACAUUAACCAGUCUGUGUCGUCCAUCGAGGAUGACUUUGUCACCGCUCUGGAGCACUUGGAGGAGGAAGACACUGGAGAGCACGCUUCUGGUGCUUCAUUUUACCAUGGGAACCAGCGUGACGUGGCUUCACAGACCGUCCCAGCCCACAGGAGACGCAAGGACCUAUCAGGCUCCCGCGUCAUAAUGAGCUCCUGCUCCAAGAAGUUCUCAGCCAAACAGAGAUCCGCUCCAGAGGUGUCCGUCACUGUCCAGCGUUCGUCGGACGUCGAAUCCCAGUGGUCGCUGUACAGCCAUAGAGCCCGCCUCCCUUCUCCUUCGGCCCCUCUCAGCGAAUCCGAGGAGUCCGACGGCUCUAGCCCCAGUCCAAUCAUUUUCCUGGAUGAGGUAGGCUACCAGAAGAGUCUCCGUGCCAAGCUGGACAUCCCUCAGGUCCCCGGGGGCCCCAGGGACAGGGUGGAAGACUCGGACUCUGAGGUCAGUGAGUUCUUCGACAGCUUCGACCAGUUUGACGACGUGGAGGAGCUAAGCUCCGACAGCUGCACUCUCACUUUACCUCUGGACCCCACCACCACCACCACCACCACCACCAGCAGCAGCAGCAGCAGCGCCGCCAUGCCGUCAACCAAGAAGAAGUUCUCCGACGCUGGCGCCAGUGUGUCUGGCUCCAAGUACGUGUCGGGCGGCUGUUCUACCAAGACCAUGAACCCCCACCGCUUCGAUCACCCCACGCUUCCUGCCAAUGUGAAAAAGCCCACCCCGCUGAAGCCAGGUUCGCCCUACUCCCCCCAUCCCGAGGUGUCGGACUCACCCAGGCCCGCCCGGACCUCCAACGAGGAGACUGGCGGCCCUCUAUUCAGCCCUGUCAGUUCCUCAGCCUUCAGCCCGCUGGGUGACUCUGGGGGAGCCCUCGAGUACUUCUGGAAGACCGAGGGGGAAGCUGAAGACAUCUCUGAGCUUCCCAAGCCCCAGGACCUUUGCUCCAUGUACAAGACCUACUCGGACUUUGCCAGCAGCUUGUCUAAGGAGAUUCUUGGCUCGGUGUGUGGCUACCAGUCCCCCGUCAGCAUCAAUGACAACAAGAACCUGAGCUGCGUCUGCCACAAGGAGUUCCAGAACUCGUCGGGCCACCUGAUGAAACUGUCCGAGAUCCAGGAGACGGUGACCGUCGCCAGGCUGCAGCAGACCUCCCAGUCGCUGAAAGACGGCAUUCAGAGGUUCGCAACGGACCUAGUGGAGAUGAGCUUGGGCAGCGCUCUGAGGGACCUGCAGAAGGGCGUGUCCUCCUGCACGACUACCCUCUGCCACUUGGCGGCCAGGCUCACCUCUUCGGUCUUCCAGGUGGCCUUCCACGAGAUCGGCAUGCGCCACGCGUACGUGCUGAAGGAGCGCGCCGUCAACGGCCUGGCCGGCUUCCUGGUGGGCGAGGCGGUGUCGGGCGCCCUGAAGGACUUCCUGUCGGUGAAGAAGCAGAUGUUCAACAGCACCGUGACGCGCUUCGCCGCCGACCUCGCCGAGGAGCUGGUGUUUGAGGGGAUGAUGGAGGUGUGCCAGUUCUCCCACCCCUCCACCCCCCUCACCCCCAGCGACUGGUCCUUCGGCCAGGAGGAGGACGAGGAGGUGGUGUCGUCCUACGCGUCCGACCUGUCCGAGUCCGUCCUCCAGGAGGCCUUCAUCGAGCUCUCGCAGACGGACGUAGCCUUCACCACCCGGGCUGCCAUCAGCGUCUCUCUGGAUAACAUUUGCUACGUGAGCUCGGAGGACAACUCCACCACCACUCACACCUGCGCCACCACUACCACUGGACCCCAGGCUUUCCAAGAUAGCCUCGUUGAAUCUAGCCCCGGCACCUCGGGGGAGGACGGCUGCACAGUCAAGAAGGCUCUCUUCACCGUGUCGGGCAUGGCUAGCUGCGUCCCCGUGCCACAGGCCGGCCAGGUUCUCUCCAGCCUCCAGGGCUCGGAGGAGACAUGCCAGCGGAAGUCCAGCGUGGCCCACACCUCCCAGACCAGCCCCAGGAGGAGCUGCUGCUCCCAGGGACGGACAGUGACCACGUCCUCUUCCGACACGACCACAGCCACCCAGACGGACCUGCAGCCGGCUGUAGCUCACCUCACCGGUCCCGACAGCGAGGUCCUCAUGGCUGGCUCUGGAGCAGAGCCUUCCUUGGGGAAGACCCCCUUCUACAACUUUUCUGGCAACAUGGUGGAUAUGAUAGUUAGCGAGGCCUGUGAGCUGAUAACAGCCACUACUAAAGUGAAAAAGAGAGUGGAGGACUGCGCGGACUUCCUCAGCAAGACCAUAGGAAGCAAAGGUCCCUCACCUGCAGAAGCAUCUUCUCAGGGCUCGGCCAGUGACAGUGGGAGGGAGCGCUGCAGACCUGAAGAUGAUGGUAAAGACUCGGCGUGUGAUGAAAGUGUUACUGUCAGCAGUGAGUCAGGCUCCGGGACUCCUCACCCUCAGCCGUUCUCGGAGACACGCCGAGUGAUGAUGAAGGACACGUUGAACGUACCCGGGCCGGAAAUUGGAGGACGGGGCGGGAGGAAGAUGUCCGCUGGUGACGACGUGAGCCUCAGCCCUGGAAGGAAGUGUAACGGAACGCCCGGUACUCCACCCUCCACCCCACAGCAGCCCAGCGAGGUCUCCCAGGAGAAGCAGAUCAAGCAGUUCUCCAAGAAACUGAAGGGAAAGCUGGCCAAGGAGUUCUCCCCUGCCACGCCCCCUUCCACCCCCCACGACCAGCCAGAGCCUAGCCGUGGGCCCAAGGACCCCGCCUCUGAGACCGAAAAAGCGGACUUCAUGCUCAGGCUGAUGAGGUCUCUGUCCGAGGAGGCCGAGGGCAACGAGGAGGAAGAGGAAGAUGAAGAUGCGGAGGCCAGAGGUCGUGCCGAGAAGUCCGAGCUCCACUGUUUGUCGAAGUCAACUCGCAAGGUGUCCAACAAGGAGGCCAUCCACUAUGCCGAGCGCCUGGCUUGCCAUAUCGUCUCCAUGGCCACGGAGAUGGACACCCUUGGUGGGAUAGAGGAUGGUGGGAGGAGAAUGGAGGAGGACAGGAGGGACAGUGUGGCCCAGUUCUCCGAGCGGACUCUGAACACCCUGUGGGUGUACGCUGGCGAGGUCGCCGGAGAGGUGAUCAGCGACGUGAAGAGGAUGGUGGGCUCGGGACAUUGCCACCCACGAGCGACCAGACAAGGCAAGGAAAGGCCCGAUAGUCUCCAGCACCUCCACUCCCACCCCAGUGAGGCCAGCCGAGAAAGCAGGGUGGGCUUGCUAGCUGAGCAGUGGUCCACGGACCUCCUCACCUCAGUCCUCCAUCCAUCAUCUCCCUCCACCUCAUCCUCAGUGCCCAGCCCACGGUCUAGCUCCGGCCUGUCCUCCGAGUACCCCAGCUGUGAGAGUGUGACGGACGAGUACGCUGGCUACCUCAUCAGGGUACUAAAGAAGGAGGGGGGCAGCAGGGAGCUGGUGCUAGACCAGUACGCCAGCCGUCUGGCCUACCGCUCCAUCAAGCUGGGCCUGGCCCAUGCUGCCCGCAAGACGAAGCAGAGACCCUCCACUUCCAGGCUCCACUCGGCCCCCAGGAGAGCCCCCGGCACAGAGCCAUGCUCGCCCAGGGACAGAGCCGGCAGAGGGGGGUCCCCUUCUUCGGACGAAGCCAUCCAGUGCGUGUGUCGGGACUCGGAGGACUACAUGGAGAUGGUGAACUUUGCGGAGUCUCUGGCGUACGACAUCACUUGCGAUGUCGCUCGCAAGCUCCGCCUGUCGAACGAGCGUCUGCCCAAGUCCCUGACCGACUCCUGUCUGUAUAAGAAGUCGAAACUAGAAGACAUGACGGAAAACCUGAUCAGGAACUCCUUCUCCUGCCCUCUGCUGGCCGAGGAGGGGAAGAGCAGGCAGUACCACAGCACCGACAGCCUGUACGACGGAGGAUACAGUAGUGGAGUUAUGCAGGUAAUCGAACACUAUGCCAGGAAGAUAGUUGAUGACACCCUGGAGAUCACCCUGGCUUCUGCAGGGCGCCCAGCUGGGGAGCUCCACAGUGCCCAGGCCCAGGACAGGCACUCCCACACCCAGAGGCUGUCGGAGGGAGCAGGGCUAAACAGGUCUCUGGGGGAGAUGGAGUGUCCAUUCUGCAACAGACCCAGCAGCAGACUCCUUCCCCAGCCAGGCCAGAGGAGAAGGAGGCAGGAGUGUGAGGGUGGGUCAGACCGGCUCUGCGGGCUGGAGAUCCCUAAGAUCCACAUCGACCUUGAUCGUAGGGCAGCCUUCGCCGAGGAGAUGGUGUCUACAGCCAUGGAGACCGCCAAGAGGGAGCUAAGCAACACCAGCCUGAAUGCUGACAGCGGUAUAGGACAUGACGGAGCAAGUUUCGCUGAGAGCCUUACUGCUGAGAUCAUGAACUCAGCACUGUCCAAUGCCUGCCAGACCGUUAACCUCAGCUGUCCAGGUAGGGAGGCCACAGAGUCGACGGUCUCCCAGCAGCUGAGCCUGAGCGUGGGGGACGACAGCCUGGGCAGCUGGUCCAACCUCAGCUUUGAGGAUGAGCACCCAGACGAGAGCAGCAGCUUUCUGCACCUCAGUGACAGCAGCAAUGGGAACAGCAGUAGCUGGAGCAGCCUGGGGCUGGAGGGGGAGGUGUGUGAGGAGCACCUGUCCUUCUCCCCCUCUGACAGUGACUGCACUGAAGAUAAGGAGACUGAAGUCAAGGAUGAGUCCUGCGUGACUGUGCGUGUGGACAGGGGCCAGUCCCAGCCUCACAGAGCCCUCCUGAUGCUGAACUCUGAAGUCAGGGAGACCAACCUUGACUUCCAACCCCCGACCUUCGACCCUCAGCUCCGGAGCAUGCUACAGUGGGCAGCGGCCUCCAUGGCUGAUUUGCCCCUGGUGCAGCUGGGUCCUAGUGCUGACAAGGAGCUACAACAGCUGCCAGCUGUGGUCCAGAGGCUGUGUGAGAAAGAGUGGAGGGUGGGAGAGCUGCUCCAAGCUCUGCUGCGCUACUGUGAAGAAGCCCAGGCUCCGGGCCAGUCCGAUCCCAGGGAGGAGCCACCCCAGGCGGGUAGAGGACCCCACCACACGCCCCUCUUUCCGUGGCUCCUGGAGAACGCCUAGGCUGGCUGACCCUUAACUCCUCCCCCCCCCCCAUCUCUUUCCCCCCCGCCCCCUAACCUUCCCUCCCCAAGCUGCUUCUUGUGUAUCUGUGAACCCUGCCUCCCAGUGACCUCUCUUACGGAGGCCUCUCCCGCUGCAGUCAUAUGCAGAGCCAGCACAGCUGCCAGCCCCAUCGCCUUGUACUGUGGAGCGUAUUAAUGGUCCCCUACAGGGCGUUGCCCACUCCGCCAGCUAGGGGGCGCCAUAUUCACUGCAUCACUUGCCUCCUAAACCCACCAAGGGCGUGUGUGUCUUGCAUGCCGUGACAUCUGUCGUUUUUUUUUUUUUUCUCUCGUUUUGUUGCUGUUUGGUUUAGUUUUUUGCUAUUAGGCCGCAUAUCACAUGCUGAUUAGCGAGCGGUCAUUUACACCCUUCUUGCCUUUGUGUUAAACCCGCACACCCUUCCCUUUCUCAUGGAGAGAAAAGCUGAGAGAGAGAGAGUUAGGAUGAACCCCUGACCUUGUUACAGUCAUAGACAGUCAGAAGACCUGUCCAUAAUCAGAGAGAGAGAGAGAGAGGGAGAGACGGAGAGACGGAGAGACGGAGAGACUAGUAAAAAAAAAAAAAAAAAAGAAUUCUGUUUGGGAAUCCCCAUGGCUGCUGGGUGGGUGAUGUCACCCACCCAUAGUUCACCUCUGUGGUGGUGUUUCCACAUGUUUUGGGACCAAACAAAUCCACACACUUUCUGCCCCACCUUCCAUUAUCAACACUGGAAGGAAUUUGCAUGUGUUCAUAGUCACAUAAACUUUUCAACCCUGGCAUGUCUUUUAUAUAAUUAGCGUAUUAAUCUAACAGCAAUCAUACGUCAGUCUUGAUUUCCCCAAAACUGUUGGCCUCUUGCUUGGGAUAUAGAUGUGUUCUUCACCCAAGUUUCAAACAAGAUCCAUGUGUUGUAGGCCUGGUGAUACUCGCCACCUUUGCAAUCAAGCUCACCUCAAGGGAUUUUCCUGCUUAGAUCUCAAGGAAAUAAACCAUUUCCCAGUUGAGGAGAGAAUUAU